AUGGCAUCCAUCCGGGCGGGCAUAGUCCCGCCGUCGUUGGCGGCCGACAUGCCGCCUGCGCCUCCUGUCUCUUCGCACUCAGAAAGUCCCUCAGCUCCCUCUUCGUCUGUUGUGGAAAAGAAGAAAGAAGGAUUCGACCUCGAGGAGCUUCCCGACGAAAUCGACGAGGAAACUGUCAAGAAAAUCCUCGACCAAGCGGAUGACAUGCAUGUGGAGGUGCUGACCGAGACAAAUUUGAAGCGGGCGGUUGCGCAGCUUGAGAAAAGAAUAAAGAAGAAUCAGCAAGACCGAAUUCGCUAUGCAGAGGACCCUGAGAAGUGGAUUAAGAGCGAAGUCGAUCUGGAUGAAGAAAUCAAGCGUUGGAAGCAGCUGGCCGCGGAGCCUUCUCUGUAUCCUCUCUUCAUCGAGACGCACGGCCUGGAGCUCCUUCUCUCCCUGCUGAAUCACAGCAAUCCAGACAUUCAGCUCGAGGUGCUUGACGUCCUCGCGGAGUUCACCGACGCAGACACGCUGGCCGAGUGUGAAAACCCCCAAGAAAUUCUCAACAAGCUCGUUGAGCAUCAGAUCGCCGAGUUGACGGUCGAUACUCUCCUCCGAAUCAACGAAGGCAGCGGCGAAGAUGAGCAGCGCGGAGUCUCGCACUGCUUGACGAUUAUCGAGAAUCUGCUGGAGCUGGAGCCCGGCCUCGCGCCAAAGUUCGCCAAGUUCCACAAGCUCCCCAACUGGCUGCUGCGCCGCGUGAGAAACCCGACAGGCCUCCAGGCAGCUGCGGCGUCCGCCGCGUCCGCCUUCGACUUCAAUCGCAUCUACGCGAGCGAGAUCCUCGUGAUCCUCCUGCAGAACUCCGCAGAGGCCCGCGAGACCAUCGGCGCCAAGCAGGGUGGCGACGCAGUCGACAAGCUGCUUCGAGCCGUCGCUGUAUACAGAAAAAAAGACCCCGAGUCCUCGCAGGAGGAGGAGAUGGCUCAGAACCUCUUCGAUGCUCUCUGCAGUCUUCUCUUGGUGAGAAUGAAUCAGGAGCUCCUCGGCAAGCAGCAGGGGAUCGAGCUCAUGCUUCGCGUCGUUAAGGAGAGAAGGUUUUUCUGCUCUCAAGCCAUCAAGGUGUUGGACUUCGCGCUCCUGGGGUGCGCGCCGAACUGUCAACUGUUCGUUGAGAAGCUCGGCCUCAAGUUCCUUUUUUCAAUUUUCAUGCGAAAGUCACGCCCGACUCAGCAAAAGCGGAAAAAGAGCAAGGCUCAGGAAAAACAAGACGAAGAGCACGCUGUUUCUAUUAUCAACUCACUCUGCCGUGGCUGCAGCGGCAUCGCGACAGCGCGAGUUUUGAACAAGUUCAUGGAGAACCAGUGCGAGAAGAUUGAGCGACUGUUAGAGCUCCACGACUCGUAUCAUGCCCGCGUCGACGCGUACCUGGAGCGGCGCGACGAAGAAGAAAAAGAGAAGGAUGAAGACGAACUCGCGAAGGAACUGGAGAUCGAUAAGGAGGAGAGGAGGUACCUCGACGCAUGCGACCACGGACUCUUCACUCUUCAGCAGAUCGACUCCAUCAUCGUUCGCCUCGUCAACAUGGGAAACGCUUUGGUGACGAAGCGUUUGGUGGAUUUGAUGAAGAUGAAGAGCAUUGAUCCGCAGCAGAUCCACAAAGUCAUUACAGAGUACGCCGCCCACAUGGAUGACAAGGCUGCGGACGAGCGGAGAACGCUGCUGCGGCGCCUCAAGCAGUUCCAAGACAUUUUCGAGGCCGGCGGUGUGUUCCUGCCAGAGGACGAAGACGAAGAAGAGUCUGAAGACGACAGCAUGGAGGUUGAGGAGGAGGAAGAGGCCGACCGGCGCAAGCGCGAUGAGAAAGAACGCAAGCGCGACCGAAAAGACGAAAGCAUCGACAGACGCAAACGGCAUCGAAGGGACGAUUGA